UCCUCUGUGAAGACCAAGAAAUUGCUAAUCGGCUCUAGAUAUUUCGCUUCGCUGUGGGCCGACCGCUGCCGGAGCACAACGAAAUCGAAGGCGUUCGUGGUCGAUCGUUCCAAGAGCACUGUAGAUCUAUCCUCUACUCGUCGCCGAGAUCCGCGCCCCUCAGGUUAAGGUACCACCCGCCCUCAUCGAAUCGUUCUCCCCAAUUGUGUGUGCCCGUCUUCGCCAAAAUCUCAAAGCGUGGGUAGGAGGUUCGACUUCAGUGCAAGAUAUCAAUGGAAAGAUCCACACUUUCUUUAGCAUUCAAGCGUUCCAUUGCCGAGGCAAUCAAUGAAUCAAGAAAGCAAAAGAAACUUUUCAUGGUAUACAUUUCAGGAGAUGAUGAAAACUCAGUCAAAAUGGAUGAAGAGACAUGGUUGGAUCAAAGAGUGGGUGAAUCAAUAUCAAAAUGUUGCAUAUUAUUGCACUUGACUGCAGGAAGUGUCGAUGCAUCACAAUUUUCUGCAAUUUAUCCACAGAGAGCUACUCCAAGUAUUACUGCCAUUGGACUUAAUGGUGUUAUGCUAUGGCAUCAUGUGGGAUGCAUUACUACAGAAAAUCUUAUAACAAAUAUUGACAAAGCUUGGGCAGCACUGCAAAUGCAGGAGGCAGCUCUAACACUUUUGACAGUAGCGCUCUCAUCCAAAGAGCCUGACACUCUAAAUAAUGUUCCCAGUUCCGGUGUGGUUCCAUCUGGGCAAUUAACCUCUGGUGAAUCAAAUGUUCCAUCAACUUCAUCUGAUAAACCGACUGACAAGUCCGAAUCUAAAACACCAACUGAUUCUCAGCAAUUGAAAGAAAAUACACUAGUGGGGGAAACCAGUUCUCAAGCUGAUUCUAUUGCUGCUGUGAAGACUAGAAAUGUGGAUUGUUUAAGUGGUGAAGAUCUGCAUUCUCUAAAGAACAUUAAUUCUACAACUUCUGAUCUUGGAGAAAAUAAUUUCCCAAUUUUAAAUACAACUGUUGAUAACAGCCAGGCUGCAGCUUUUUCAGAGCCAGAUGGGAACGAUACUAGACUUUGUUCAAUACCUUCUCAGGUUGCUACUGAAGCACAAGAGACAACUACUCAAGUUAAGAAGAUUGAUUUUUAUAGUGGUGUGUCAAAUACUGUGAAGUCAAAUGAUAUUCAUCUUAACAUUCGUAUGCCAACUGGGAACAAUCUCCAGACGAAACUAACUAUAAACGAUACUCUGAAUUCUGUGAAAAUCUUUGUUGAUGAGAACUUGGAUAACGUUCUAAGUUUAUAUGAUUUGGCUGUUCCUUAUCCACGGAGGUUAUUCAACAAUGAAGAUAUGCGGAGAACAUUGUCUGAACUUGGGUUUGCUAGCCGGCAAGCACUGAUAGUAGUUCCCCGAAAUCAAGCCACUCAGCCUCAUAGGGUUCAACUUAGUAUGAACAUGACCACCUCAAAUGACAGUAACAGAGGGUAUUUCGAUUACGUGAAAAGGGUUUUGUCGUAUGUAAAUCCCUUCUCCUAUCUUGGUGGGAAUAAUAGCUCAUCAAAUUCUGAGACGCUUACAAGAACUGAUGGCCCCUGGCAACACAGCUCUAAUCCAGCUCUUCAGAAUCACUCGUUGGAUUCUGAUAACCGAAACACUGCUAGGGACAGUAGCGCCUCAAGUAGUGCCAGGCCAAGACCAGCCAGACAAUUUGGCAGCAAUAUCCACACUCUGAGGCAUGAUGGUGAUUCAUCUAGCGACAAGAAUGUUUUCUGGAACGGAAAUUCCACACAGUUUGGAGGUGACGACAAGAAAUAAGGUCUCAUCCGCACCUUGGGCUACAAGAGUUACACAAGCAGGAAACCAACAGAAAUUAAGGCGUCAAUGUUCUUGGUAGUUGCAUUUUCAUGCCGUUUUUUUUUUUGUUAAACCUAGACUCGUGCGUGAGUGGAAUAAAAUUUCUUCUGUAUGCAUCAUCUGAAUCGUUAAUGUAAUAACAUAUCGUGGCUGUGGCUGUGGCUGUGGGCCAAACUGAGAAUUCCCAGACAGUUUUCAUGUGGCCGCAUAUCUUAUCAACAGUAAUUUGUGAAUGCAUAUUCCAGGUUUUAGACUA